GCAGCGCGCCAAAUUUGUCCUAGGUUUCUCGUUUUAGAAAGGGCAUCCUUAGAUGACCGUUUUGAACUCUUAAACCUUAAUUUCGGUUCGGUUCAAAUAUUUAAUAACGUAACGUUGGAGAUAUAUUUUAAACUGAGCAUAAACUUGUUCACCACUGGGUUAAUGUGUUAAUGUUAAGUUGACGAUUGUAACGUUACAUUUGAAUGUUGACAACGUACCGUCAAGUUAACGUUAGCAGAUAAUGUUAGUCGACGUAGAUAGCUAGCCUGGCAGUGUUAAGUUAUUAUCAUGAAAUCGGUCACCCCAGGUCAACUUUAUAACAGCACGCUGACAGAUGCCACAAACGCAGAGAUGGACGACAGUAUACCGAUGACUGAAUUGGAGGACUGCUCCCACGAAGAGGAGCCACAGGUGGAAAAGUUGAAAGGACUCAAUGUCAUGGAAAUUAUUGAGGGAAAAAGAGAAAAAAAGAAGGUGGAAAGACUGGUGCAGUCUGGGCAGCUGGGGAAACCUAAAGAACGCCUGAAAAUUGAAAGUGGUGUUGGAGAUAAGCUGGGUGAAAAUGCACGAAUCAACCACAAUAUCGGAAAAACAAAAGCCCCCCUCCUGAAACCUCUUCAUAAGAUCCUUUUUGAUCGACCUGGAGCAGCAGCUUCAAUGAAGAAGAACCUACGUUUAUUCAGUGGCUUCCCUUUCAAGGAGGAAAGUGAUCCCUUCUCAAAAAAGCUGAAGAUGAUGUCAAAAUACACAAACGCAAUGUUGAAGACCAUCUGUCAAGUUCUAGACAUAGAGAGGAGUGGGAAGCAGUCUGUCUUAAUUGAAAGAAUCAUGGCAUUCCUUAUGCACCCUGUCAAUACAGGAAAGCCAGUUUCCAUCAAAAAGAAGAAGAAGAAGAAGAAGAGGAAGAACACUGCCACCGAUGCCAAGCAAAAGACAAGCAAAGUUUCCAAGAGUCCCAAGAAAUCAAAGGUGGAGGGCAAAUCCAAAGCCAUAGUCACAGAUUCAAGCAGUGACGAUGACGACGAUGAUGAAGAUGACAAACCUGAAAGUAAAGAGACCAAGACGUCAUCGGCCAUAGAAAGUCGGAAAAAGAAAGAGGACACAGACGACUCCUCAGAUGAGGAUGAAGAGGAAAUAGAAGAUGGUGAUGAUGUUAAAGAUGAUGAUGAUGAGGAGGAGGAGGAGAAGGAGACUCCCAAGUCGAAAUCCCCUGCUAAGAAGAAGCCUGCCACCCCCAAAAAGACAGCAGCCAGCAAAAAGACAACAAAGCCACCACCUGGGAAAAAGAAACCAGCAGCUAAGAAGACAGCAAAGGAACUUGAGUCUGAUACUUCUGACAAAUCAGAGUCUGAUGACAGUGACAAUCAAAACAACAGUGACUUUGAGAAGUCAAAAAAGAAACCAGCAGCAAAGAAGAAACUAGCAAAGCCUGCCCCAAAAACUAAGAAAGCAGACAGCAGCAGCAACAAGACCGCCAAAAAACGCCAAGUACUACUGGACUCCGAUGACAGUUCUGAUGACGAUAAACCCUUGAUCAAGAUGAUAAAGAGGCCGCCCACAGAUGAUCAGAUUAAGACCACAGUGCAAGAUCUCCUGAAAAAUGCCAACCUGGAGGAGGUCACAAUGAAGCAGCUUUGCCAGAAAGUGUAUGAUUCAUACCCUGAAUUUGACCUGACCAGCAGGAAGGACUACAUUAAAACGACGGUGAAAAGUCUGAUCUCCUAGGAAGAGGCAGCGAAGAUCAUGCCUUUUAAAAGCCAUUUCUUGUGGAGAGAAUUUCUGUCAAUAUUUAAAUGCCUAUGACGUCUAACAGAGUGUAUGUAUGAAUGUAUGUAGCUACUUUCUCAUUACUGCCCAAAGUGUUUUUUUUCUGUAGUGGUUGGUGCUUUUAUCAUUUGUGUUUUUGUUUAUGUUUGUUUUUUAGAACUUUUUUAUAUACGGGUUUUGUAUGCCUGUUAUUUCUCUGAUAACACGCUUCUAAAAACAUGCAGGAUGUGUAUAUAUCACUGGCUGUGAAUAAAAUGCUCCUUUUUUUAUUGAAAUGAUUUAGCAAAAGAAUCAAAAAGAUCUUUGUCCUAACUUGACCUUCAGUCAAAUAGAACCGAUUUAGUUUUGGAACCACUUGGCGAAUACACUAAGUGUGUGUGUUUCUAUUAGGAAGAAUAACUGGUUUAUUUUUUAAAUAAUUAAGUUUGUUUUAACUACACAAUGUGUUUUCAAAAGUUUACAAUUGCUAAGAGGAAAUUGUAACUUAUUUGAAAUUAUUUCAUAUUUCAAGAACCAUCUCAAUAAUUAUUUUGGUUUCAAUUUCAGCUUAAUGCUUUGUGUGUACAAAUCAUUUAAAAUAAAACAUGGUGUUUCUUUUACAGAUA